UGAGAUUUUAGCCAAGAUGCCGCAACAGGUGGAACAGAAGACCGUGGACCCUGAAGCAGAGCUCAGCAAUGUUCAAAGAACAUUCCAAAAGAUGGCGCCGAUGUGCAGCGUGGAGAAACGCGCGGGCGGCGUGCCGCAGCUGGCGCCGCAGGAGAAGCAGCUUGGUAUACUCGCCAACGAGCUGCGGGAGACCUUGCUGUGCAUCAACCUAGCCAAGAAAGGCCAGCACGCUCUCCGAGACAACAUGAUGAAGAGUGGCACUCGGAAGUCCAUCGUGGAGUACGAGCAUCUGGAAGGAGAGCUGAGAGAUGAGCGAGCACAGCAAGCUGAACUGGACUGCCUGAAUUAUUUAGCACAGAAGCAACUGGUGGAACUGCUGAAGAAAGUGCCUACCGAAGCUGAUGAGCUGGCCAUGAUCGAGAACGCCAACAACCGUCUCCGGCGCAUGGAGAACCGCCUGGACCUGGCCACCAAGAGGUUCUGCGUCGUCAACUCGGACAACAAACGCGUCAGGGAGGAGAUACACAGGCUGCUUGUAGAAAGGAAUGACUUCAACAUACAAUGGAACCGCACCAUCGGCAAGCUGGUGAAAGGCAAGGAAUACCUGAUGGACAUCUUCGAGAUUGCUGCCGUCGCCUUCGGAGACCGCGACGAGUGUUGCAGGAUGCUGGAGGCGCUCAAGUGGAAAGGAUUGUACCAGCUCAAUAGGGAUAUAUCGGAGAUGCAAUCCUACGAGGGCGAGUUGAACCACCUCGCCAAGUUGGAGGAGUUUCUCCGAGUGAAGGGCUCCCGCAGGAUCUGCGAGGCUGAUGAGAAGGAGGAGAUAAAGCGUCUGGAGGAAAUCCAGCGGUGCGAGCAGGAGAUCGCCAGGCAUGACGCGCUGCUGGAAGAAAUAUUCGAAUACGCCGGCACAGACCGAGUUGCCAGCAUCAUCAACCGGUUCAAGAUCGUGGAGAUCGAGAACUUCUCCACCUUCGUGCUGCUGUGCGAGGUGCUUCAGGAGUCCAUCAUCAUGCGCCGCGAGCUGGAGAUACUGCGACAGAGGAUCAUGGACCAACGCGACAUCAACGAAGCGCGCGAGGAGAAGCAAGACAAGCGCCUGGCCGCGCUCACGUUAGAGCUGGGCGAGCGGCGUGCGCGCACGCAGCACAUGCAGGACUUAAACAACCAGGCUGACGCCACUAUAGGAAGAGUGCUGAAGGGCAUUGACGACCUCGUCAGACUUGCAAAAUGUGACUGCAACCCGCUGCUGUCCCUCCUCGGGAACCACAAGGAGGUCACCAAGUGGAACGUGCCCAAGUUCCUCAGGCUGCUGGAGACAGAGGUCAAGAGCCUGAUUGAAGUAGCAUACGGAGCUGUCAAGCCUCCAGCGCCAACGCCCAAGGCCCGCAAAGGACCCGCCGGCCCGGCCCCAACGAAGCUGGUGGCUGAUCCGUACGUGGAACCGCUGCGGCCCAACAGGAUUGAGAAACUGGUGCCCUACCAGCCUUGCGCUUAUUGCGUUGAAGACUACAUCAUGAACCUAGUGUUCGAGACGCCGGCAGUCCCAGCUGACAAGGAGUACGUGGAGGGCAUCUUCCGCCUCGAGGACGUCAACACCAAGUUUGGAAUAUACACGCUGACUAUCCCAGCUAAACGACACCCAUAUCGUGGCGGGAAGAAGGACUAACCUGAAGACUGAU